CGAGGCUUUGGGUCAUGAUCACAUCGCCCUCGCUUUCUGCUAUAAGAAGUAGUAAGCGCAGCAGCAGCAGCAGCCUCGGCGAGCCCGGAGGCAGCCCCCGCCGCAGCCGCAGCGCCGCCGACCUCGCCGGGCCGCUCGGGAGUAGCGGCAGCAGCAGCGGCAAGCCCUGCUUCCACGCCGUGCCCCCCUCGGACCCGCUACGCCAAGCCAACCGCCUUCCCAUCAAAGUCUUGAAAAUGCUCACGGCGCGGACUGGACACAUUUUACACCCCGAGUACCUGCAGCCUCUGCCUUCCACGCCCGUCAGCCCCAUUGAGCUGGAUGCGAAGAAGAGCCCCUUGGCCCUUUUGGCGCAAACUUGCUCGCAGAUAGGGAAGCCAGACCCGUCCCCUUCCUCGAAACUCUCUUCGGUCACCUCCAAUGGCUCCGGAGGGGACAAGGACUCCAAGUCGGGCCCGCUGAAGCUCAGCGACAUCGGCGUGGAGGACAAGUCGAGCUUCAAGCCGUACUCCAAGCCGGGCGCCGAGAAGAAGGAGCCGGGGGCCGCGGGCUGCGCGGGCGCCCCCGCCGCGGGGGUCGCGGCCGGGGAGAAGUCGGGAUUCCGGGUGCCGAGCGCCACCUGCCAGCCGUUCACCCCAAGGACAGGCAGCCCCAACUCGAGCGCCUCCGCCUGCUCGCCGGGGCUGCUGCCGGCCGAGGGCAAGGGCGCCGAGGACAAGAAGGACGCGGAGGGCUGCGGGAAGGGCGGCAGCUCCGGCUCGGAGGGAGGCCCGGGCACCACCAGCAUCAGCCACAGCCGGAUUAGCGUGAGCUGUGCCGGGAUUAACGUGGAGGUCAACCAGCACCAGGAGAGCACGCCGGGCUCCAAGCCCAUCGCCUCGGACUCCGCCUCCUCGUGCAGCAGCACCACCGCCACCUCCUCGGCCUCCGUCCUGGGCUCCGGCCUCGUGGCGCCCGUCUCCCCUUACAAGCCGGGCCAGACGGUCUUCCCCCUGCCCCCGGCGGGCAUGAGCUACCCGGGGACGCUGGCGGGCGCCUACGCGGGCUACCCGCCGCAGUUCCUGCCGCACGGCGUGGCGCUGGACCCCACCAAGUCGUCGAGCCUGGUGGGGGCGCAGCUGGCGGCCGCGGGCAGCCUGGGCUGCAGCAAGCCGGCGGGCUCGAGCCCGCUGGCGGGCGCCUCGCCGCCCUCCGUGAUGACGGCGAGCCUGUGCCGAGACCCCUAYUGCCUGAGCUACCACUGCGCCAGCCACCUGGCCGGCGCCGCCGGCGCCUCCUGCGCCCACGACCAGGCGCUCAAGUCCGGAUACCCCCUCGUCUACCCCACGCACCCCUUGCACAGCGUGCACUCCUCGCUCACCGGCGCCACGCCGCCCUCGCUGGCCGGCCACCCUUUGUACCCCUACGGCUUCAUGCUCCCCAACGACCCCCAGCCGCACAUCUGCAACUGGGUGUCGGCCAACGGACCGUGCGACAAGCGCUUCGCCACCUCGGAGGAGCUGCUUAGCCACUUGCGGACCCACACUGCCUUCCCGGGCACCGAUAAACUCCUCUCGAGCUACCCCAGCUCCUCGUCGCUGGCGAGCGCGGCGGCCGCGGCCAUGGCGUGCCACAUGCACAUCCCCACGACGGGCGCCCCGGGCAGCCCGGGCACGCUGGCGCUGCGCAGCCCGCACCACGCGCUCGGACUCGGCAGCCGCUACCACCCCUACUCCAAGAGCCCGCUGCCCACGCCCGGCGCGCCCGUGCCCGUGCCCGCCGCCACGGGACCCUACUACUCCCCGUACGCGCUCUACGGGCAGAGACUCACCACAGCCUCGGCCCUGGGCUACCAGUGA